AUGGCUUAUUCUAUGCAGAAAACAUAUACGUGUCGGUUUUUACUGUUGUGUGCUUAUGUGUCGUGCAUCAGUGUUCGCCAUAUCGAAGAUACAUGUCAAGAUGAAGGAGUUACAGUUGGGAAUUCGACAGGUUACCGGAAUCUUCAACGUCUAUUAAGUCACUCGCUCGACUUCACAACGAAGGUUGACACCAUUCUUCGCUGCAUUCGCAAUGAUGCCACUUCGAUUACAAGCGCUAUCCCUACCGCGCCGUUCCGAGCGCAGCUGCCUCCGUGA